CUAGCAAAGUGAGAGGAGGAAUGUCUUUUGAAAUUGAUGACUGCAAAUUUCAUCUUAAAGCAAUGACAAGACCAGACUAUCAGCCAUUAGUAGAUAAUAAAAGAAUUAUAGAGAAAUUACGAGAAAGAAUAACAUUAAUGAAUAUUGAACUAAUGACUGAAAGAGAACACAAUGAGAAGAUUAUAAAAGAUAUUGAAGAUUUGAAAGAUAAAGAGACUGAGGAUCCUGCAGGAGAUAAAGUGACUAGUGAUGAAGAGAUUGAGUAUAAUAGUAUGAAUGAUGAAUUUAAGGAUCAAAUUUGUUCAUUCAAAUUAUAUUGUAAUCAUCCUGUUACUGGAAAAUUUUUGGAGUCAAUACUUGAAGUACAUAAAGAUGAAUUACUACUCACAGUACUGGAUAAAGCUUAUGAGUUAAUGAAAUUAGCUCCCCAUAUUCCUAUUGAGAGAUGUCGUUUAGUUAAAUAUUCUUAUGAUGAUGAUUUAAUGGAACAGUCCUUUGAUCUUGAUGAGUUUCAGCAUCAAACUAUUGGACAAAUUGUGGGUGGAACUAGACGUUAUUAUCCUUUUGGAUUAUUCAUAGAAACUCGUGAAGAAAAUGAAAUUUUUGAUAAAUACCAUGAUGGAGGUAAUAAUCUAAAGAUAUCAGUAGUUGAUCUGUCAACUGGUAAAGUAGGAUCAGCUAAACUAGUGAGAGUUGAAGAUGGUUGGACUGUUGGAGAAUUAAAACACCAUAUAGGAGAAGUAUAUAAUCUUAAUUCAUCAUGUAUGAGAUUUGUGCUAGAGGAGAAGAAUGAUGUUACUGAUAUUAGUGAUGCAGGAAGUACUUUAGGGAAGAUAUUCAGAAAAUCAACAUACAAAGACCGACAAUUAGUGUAUGUAUCAUCAGAUUCUGAAGAUUAUAAAAAAGAAUUCAAAGAUAGUGAGAUGUACGUACAGAUAUGUUUCUGAACUUUAUCUUAUCAACCGAAUACUAUUAAACAUUACAAUACCUCUGGCUCCUGGACCUGAAGCCACUCAUACUGCAACUAAUGUACCUGAAGGAGGGAUAAUAAUGAAGUUUGUACCAAUGAAGGAAGAAUAUAAAGGAAAAGAAAGAAAGGUACAAGUACUAGUUGAUAAGAGAAUGACAUUAGCUCAAUUGAAGGAAGAGUUAGUUCCACUGAUUGGUAUACCACCUACUGGUUUUAUAGUGUAUAAAAUCAGUGAUAAUAAAGAAUAUGAAAUAAACAGACUUGAUAGUACAUCAAGCUUACAGUAUAUUGAUUCUGGAUCAGAGCUGAUAGUAAGACUGGGUAGACCA